CUCAGUUCUAAAAAUCUGGCCUCCAUGUCAGAUUCCAACACCACUGACUUCAAGAACCCCUCCACCUUCAUCCUGCUGGGCAUUCCUGGCCUGGAGGCAGCUCAUGUCUGGAUCUCCAUCCCCUUCUGCACCAUGUAUGCCAUAGCCAUCUUGGGGAACCUCACCAUUCUGUUCAUUGUGAAGAUGGAGCCGAGCCUCCAUGUGCCCAUGUACUAUUUCCUCUGCAUGCUAGCAGGCACGGACCUGGUCCUAUCCACGUCCAUUCUGCCCAAAACGCUGAGCAUUUUCUGGUUCAAUUUCAGGGAGAUUGAUUUCAGUGCCUGCUUCAUCCAGAUGUACUUCAUUCACUGCUUUGCAGUGAUAGAGUCUGGGAUCUUUGUGGCCAUGGCUUUGGAUCGCUACGUGGCCAUCUGCAAUCCCCUGAGAUAUUCCACCAUCCUGACAAACCCCAUGGUGGCCAAGAUUGGUCUGGCCGUGGUGCUGCGUGGAAUCAUGCUCAUACUGCCCUAUCCCUUUCUGGGAACCCGGUGGCCAUAUUGUAGAACCAACAUCAUCCCCCACUCGUACUGUGAGCACAUAGCCGUGGUGAAGCUGGCCUGUGCUGACAUCAGCCUCAGUAGUUACUACGGCCUCUUUGUGGCAUUCUUGGUGAGGGGUCUGGAUAUGAUUUUUAUCGCUGUGUCCUACACCCAGAUCCUCAGGGCCAUCUUCAGCCUCCCCACAAAGGACGCUCGGCUCAAGACUUUUGGGACCUGCAGCUCCCACCUCUGUGUCAUCUUAGCCUUUUACAUCCCAGGUCUCUUCUCCUUCCUCACACACCGGUUUGGCCACAAUGUGCCCCUGCACUUCCACAUUCUCAUUGCCAACAUGUAUCUUCUGGUGCCGCCUAUGCUAAACCCCAUCAUCUACGGGGUGAGAACCAAACAGAUCCGAGACAGGCUGCUCCAGCUCUUUACUCAUAAAGGGACCUAA